AGUUCUUUCUCAAUCCCUAUAGUAAAAUAUAACCUAGUAAAACAUAUGGAGAUUAUUUAUUUACUUCGCAUCGUAUAUAGUACUUAUAGUAGAACUUUAUGGAAAUGCAGGCAGAAUUGCCGUUUACUCUGACGAGACCAACACCUUCUGAAGAAUUAUCGGUGCCUCGAUCACUUCCAUCAACGUCAGCUGUUCAAUGUCCAUCAUCUACUCCUGAUAAUAAACCUGGACCUAGUGAUGUUAAUCUUAUAAAUUUAUCAAGCGAUGAUGAGGAAGAACGCAUCCUCGAAGAUCUCGCGCGUGAACAAUUGAAGAAAUAA